AGAAACUGGGAUAGGACAGAGAGGGUGGAGUUGGGGACUGGGCUUGGAAGCCCCAUUGUAUCGUGUAUCUGAAGAAGCUUUGGCCAGGGGCAGCUGUCCUGGUUUAUCCGGUCCUCCUCCUCCAGCCAUCCUUCAUCAGGAUGCUGGGGACACUGGGGCUUUGGACUUGGCUUCCUGUAUCUGUGCAAGCACCCCCAAACAGGCGGACCUGUGUGUUCUUUGAGGCCCCUGGAGUGCAGGGAAGCACAAAGACACUGGGGGAGCUGCUAGAUGCAGGAGCAGGGCCCCCCAGGGUUAUCCGCUGCCUCUACAGCCGCUGCUGCUUUGGGAUCUGGAACCUGACCCAAGGCCGGGCCCAGGUGGAGAUGCAAGGAUGCCGAGACAGUGAUGAGCCAGGCUGUGAGUCCCUCCACUGUGACCCAAGACCCCGAGCCCACUCUGGCCCUGGCUUUACUCUCUUCACCUGCUCCUGUGGUGCUGACCUCUGCAAUGCCAAUUACAGUCACCUGCCUCCUCCAGGGAGCCUGGGGGCUCCUGGCUCCCAGGCUGCCCCAGGUGAGUCCAUCUGGAUGGCGCUGGUGAUCCUGGGGCUGUUCCUCCUCCUGCUGCUGCUGGGCAGUAUUGUCUUGGCCCUACUCCAACGAAAGGCCCACAGUGUGCAAGGUGGCCCAGAGCCAGAAUUUGACUCAGAGAGAGACUGGAGUGAAGAGCUGCCGGAGCUUCCCCAGCUGUGUUUCACACAGGUAAUCCAGGAAGGAGGUCAUGCAGUAGUAUGGGCCGGGCAGCUGCAGGGUGAGCUGGUAGCUAUCAAGGCCUUCCCUCCAAGGGCUGUGGCCCAAUUCCGGUCUGAGAAGGCAAUGUACGAGCUUCCAGGCCUACAGCACGACCACAUUGUCCGAUUUAUCACUGCUGGCCAGGGAGGCCCUGGCCCUCUACCUCCUGGGCCCCUGCUGGUACUGGAACUAUACCCUAAGGGCUCUCUGUGCCACUACUUGACCCAGCACACCAAUGACUGGGAAAGUUCCUUGAGGAUGGCACUGUCCCUGGCCAAGGGCCUGGCAUUUCUGCAUGAGGAGCGCUGGCAGCAUGGCCAGUAUAAACCAGGCAUUGCCCACCGUGAUCUGAGCAGCCAAAAUGUGCUCAUUCGGGAAGACCGGUCAUGUGUCAUUGGAGAUCUGGGCCUUGCCUUAGCGCUCCCUGGCCUUUCCCAGCCUCCCACUUGGGCUCCUACUCCACCCCGAGGCCCAGCUGCCAUCAUGGAGGCUGGCACCUAUAGGUACAUGGCACCAGAGCUCUUGGACAAGACUCUGGACUUACAGGACUGGGGCACAGCCCUCCAGCGAGCAGACGUUUACUCUCUAGCUCUGCUCCUAUGGGAGAUCCUGAGCCGCUGCCCAGAUCUAAGCCCUGACCACAGAUCACCACCCUUCCAACUGGCCUAUGAGGCAGAGCUGGGCAGUGCCCCCACCACCUGUGAGCUCUGGGCCUUGGCAGUAGAGCAGAGGAGGCGCCCCUACAUCCCAUCCACCUGGGGCUGCUCUAUCAGGGACCCCGGUGGGCUGAGAGAGCUCCUAGAAGACUGCUGGGAUGCAGACCCAGAAGCCCGGCUGACAGCUGAGUGUGUGCAGCAGCGUCUGGCAACCCUGACCUAUCCUGGGGAGGCUGACUGCCUCCCAGAAGGCUGUGAACACAGCUGUGCUCCUCUCUGCCCAGAAGACUGUCCCUCUCCUCCUGCCCCUGUCAUCCUCCCCUUUAUGCCUCAGCUAAGUGCCUGCCACUCCAAUGUGUACUCUAGGGUUCAGCAAGGCCCUGGCUCCAGGAAUCCUCAGCCUGCCAAUGCUAACCCUCAUGUGUAAACGCACAGUUUAUGUGGAAUCUGUGUACCUGCGAGUGCAAAAGUGGUUAGCAUGUACUGUGUGGUUUGCCUCCUCAUGGCUUUCCCACUCACUAAACCCUUGGAUUCUUCUGUGGUAUCAAGUCCACAGUGGUUCUGACCAGUAAUAUAGUGGUUGCAUGCAUAGGAAAGAGAAUAAAGUCAGCUUUCCUGA